CCUCCCUGGGCUCCUGCCUCCCAGCGCGCCCCUGCCUGCUGGUGGAAAGCACGUGGGCCCAGACCGGGCAAAGCCGGCCUCGCCGGGCCCCGCCUUCCCGCGCGGCCCCGCCCCCAGCCCGCCCCUGAGCGGGCUAUAAGUUCACUUCGCUCUCAGCCUCUGCAUUGCCCGCCGCCAGUGGUCUGCACUUGGAGUGUCGUGCCACCAGUCCAAGGAGCACAGCCACCACCUGACCAUGGCCGAGGAUCUGGUCCUGGAGAGAUGUGACCUGGAGCUGGAGGUCAAUGGCUGUGACCACCACACAGCUGACCUGUGCAGGGAGAGGCUGGUGGUGCGGCGGGGCCAGCCCUUCUGGCUGACUCUGCACUUCGAGGGCCGAAACUAUGAGGCCAGUGUGGACAGCCUCACCUUCUGUGCCAUGACUGGCCCAGACCCCAGUGAGGAGACCGGGACCAAGGCCCUUUUCAGGCUGUCUGAUGCUAUGGAGGAGGGGGCCUGGGCAGCGGUGGUAGUGGACCAGCAAGACAGCACCCUCUCGCUGCAGUUCAGCACCCCGGCCAAUGCCCCUAUUGGCCAUUACCGCCUCAGCUUGGAGGCCUCCACCGGCUACCAGGGCUCCAGUUUCAUGCUGGCUCAGUUCACCCUGCUCUUCAACAGCUGGUGUCCAGCGGAUGCUGUGUACCUGAACUCAGAUGAGGAGCGGCAAGAAUAUGUCCUUACCCAGCAAGGCUUCAUCUACCAGGGCUCAGCCAAGUUCAUCAAGAGCAUACCUUGGAAUUUUGGGCAGUUUGAAGACGGGAUCCUAGACAUCUGCCUGAUGCUCCUGGACGUCAACCCCAAGUUCCUGAAGAAUGCCGGCCGAGACUGCUCCCGCCGCAGUAGUCCAGUCUAUGUGGGCCGGGUGGUGAGCGGCAUGGUCAACUGCAACGAUGACCAGGGCGUGCUGCUGGGGCGCUGGGACAACAACUACGGGGACGGCAUCAGCCCCAUGUUCUGGAUCGGCAGCGUGGACAUCCUGCGGCGUUGGAAGAAAGAUGGCUGCCAGCGCGUCAAGUAUGGCCAGUGCUGGGUGUUUGCAGCUGUGGCCUGCACCGUGCUGCGGUGCCUUGGCAUCCCCACCCGCGUCGUGACCAACUAUAACUCAGCCCACGACCAGAACAGCAACCUGCUCAUCGAGUACUUCCGCAACGAGUACGGGGAGAUCCAGAGUGACAAGAGCGAGAUGAUCUGGAACUUCCACUGCUGGGUGGAGUCGUGGAUGACCAGGCCAGACCUGCAGCCGGGGUACGAGGGGUGGCAGGCCCUCGACCCCACGCCCCAGGAGAAGAGCGAAGGGACUUACUGCUGUGGCCCGGUUCCCGUUCGUGCCAUCAAAGAGGGUGACCUGAGCACCAAAUAUGAUGCCCCUUUCGUCUUUGCCGAAGUCAACGCUGACGUGGUGGACUGGAUCCGGCAGGACGAUGGGUCUCUGCACAAAUCCAUCAACCACUCCCUGGUGGUGGGGCUGAAGAUCAGCACGAAGAGUGUGGGCAGAGAUGAUCGGGAGGACAUCACCCACAACUACAAGUACCCGGAGGGGUCCCCAGAGGAGAGGGAAGCCUUCACAAGAGCCAACCACCUGAACAAACUGGUUGAUAAAGAGGAGACAGGGGUGGCCAUGCGGAUCCGUGUGGGCGAGGGCAUGAACAGGGGCUGCGACUUCGACGUCUUUGCCCACAUCACCAACAGCACCCCCGAGGAGCACACUGGCCGCCUCCUGCUCUGUGCCCGCACCGUCAGCUACAAUGGGAUCCUGGGACCUGAGUGCGGCACCAAGGAUCUGCUCAGCCUUUCCCUGGAGCCCUACUCCGAGAAGAGCAUUCCCCUUCGAAUCCUCUACGAAAAGUACUGUGAUUGCCUGACCGAAUCGAACCUUAUCAAGGUGCGGGGCCUUCUCAUUGAGCCGGCUGCCAAUAGCUACCUGCUGGCCGAGAGGGACAUCUACCUGGAGAAUCCAGAAAUCAAGAUCCGGAUCCUGGGAGAGCCCAAGCAGAACCGCAAGCUGGUGGCUGAGGUGUCUCUGCGGAACCCGCUCACCGAGGCGCUGUCGGGCUGCACCUUCACUGUGGAGGGGUCUGGCCUGAUCGAGGGGCAGAAGACGGUGGAUGCCCCGGACCCCGUGGAGGCAGGGGAGGAAGUCAAAGUGAGGGUGGACCUGCUGCCGCUGUACGUGGGCCGCCACAAGCUGGUGGUGAACUUCGAGAGCGACAGGCUGAAGGCCGUGAAGGGCUUCAGGAACGUCAUCGUUGGCCCCGCCUAAGGGGUCCUCGUGCCAGCCCCACCCCAGCCACCGAGGGCCCCCAAAUUGACCCCAGUCUUUAUCCCAAGCUAGUGAGCAAAACUUGCCCCUCCUUGGGCCCCGGACCUCAGGGCAGGGGUGGGCUGCCUGCGGGGGCCCUUUGGAAUCGAAUGUCCUUCCCGCCCACCUUGACCUCCGAGCUUGUCUCCCCACGCCCCUCACCUGUGAGGGAGGCUCUGUGCCUGCACUGUGGAAGCCCUCCUCUUGGCUGACUGGGCCUAGGGGGUAGGCCGUCUCCCCCUCCCUUCCCAGCCUAGAGGCCCCUGGAAAAGCCACUGACCACCCGCCAAACUGAUUGAUCGACGUCAGAGCCCCUUUCCUGGGAGCAGGCAAAGAAAGUGUGCCCAGUGACUGGAUCAAGGAACUCAGCUCCCUAGAGUACCCUGAACCCCUUCCCCAGGUUGAGCCCAGACCCCGGGGGCCCUUGGCAGAGCCUGAGCAGGUGCGGAUGGGGAGGGUCCCAGGAACAGACCACACCCCAAGUCCCCUCACCUCCCAGCAGCCCUGACCCAAUACUUCCCCCACCCUCUCACAAUGGCAAGGCGCCUAGUAAGUGCCUGGCACCUCCUGGGCUUACUGGUGCUCACACGCCCAUCAGCCCAUUCAGUCCCCACGGGAAACUGCAGAGCGGGAGCUGAGGAGACUGGGCUUGGAGAAGGGAGGCGGCUGGCCCUGGUCCCGUGGGAUCCUGGGUAUUUGCAAGACUGGCUAAUGUAGAGGCACAGGAAAGGAGCCUGGCCCUUCUGAUUCUGCGUCCAGGGCCCCAUCCACCACUCCAGCCCUGACCUGGCUGCGUCAGAGAGGCCAUUUGGAACCUGAUCAAAAAGGAUCCAAUUAGGACAGGAGACAGGGAGGGCUUAGAGUCCUAGGUUCGAGCCCCAGGCCUGGCCAGCUACUGCCUUCCCCUCCUCUGGGCCUCAGUUUCCUCUUUGGUCACAGGGAGUGAUUGAACCAGCUCAUCUCCAAGGCCCUCCCAGCUCUGCACUUCCGGUGCCUUGUAUGACCCAGCCUCGCCAAUGACAGCAGGUUGUCCUCCCGGGCUUCACAGAGCCUUGGGUCACAGGAUGCCUCGAAGUGUGAGACCAUAACCAUGACCAUCUUCCUGUCCCCAGUUGUGUCUGGGUCCCCCACCUGUGCCCAGGCAUCUGCCAUGGGAGCCCAUUUCUAGGGGGAAAGAGACCCCCCGAGAAACCCCCAUCCUAACCAUGAGCCCGCCCACCACAAUGCCUAGACUUCACAAUAGCCUUAGUUGCCUGUGCUGAUCACCCACCAACAAGACUGGCAUCUUAACCAUCUCCUCUUUGAAGAGCCAGAGUCCUGGAACACAGCCCCUGCCCCCCUGACUGAGCUCGGGGACCCCACGAAUUGCCAUCUCUGACUUUAUUCCUCACUCUUUCCACGUGACCGGGGUUCCCUCAGCCUGGAGAAGGGAAGUGGGAGAGAAUUCUGUGAGUGGGGUCAGAGCCCCCAGGGAGCCCCCAAGCCCCAGAGAGGGACUUGGGGAAAGUCACGCUGAUGCACUUAGAACUUUCUGCUUUGCACAAGGAGAAACACAAGAUGAGCCAGUAUAUAUUCCUUCUAUAUAAAUAUUGCUCUAUUUCCCUAUGGUUUUAUAAACGCUUUUGGGUUCCAAGCAAGCAGUAGAUGUGCUUUUGAGCCACAAACAGCGAGCACUGAAAUAAAAGUUUAUUUUUCACAUUCAAACAAGGUCUGAUCAUGCUUUUGAGGAGAGUGAGUGGGUGAGCUCAUCUAGCAUCUGGACAAGCCACUUCAUGCUAAGAGCCUUUCCCUAGCUUUAGUGCCUCCCUCAGAUCUAAAUUUAACCAGUAUUCAAGGCUCUACAACUGUUUUGCUCCGUCUCCAAUCCCAUCUCCAAACAGCCAUGUUCAGAUCACAAUGAAGUGCCUGUUUCUCUUCUAACAUCCCAUGCACUUUCAACCUCUUACCUUGGAAUACUGCUCUUUUUUCCUUACUCAGCUUAUGAACUCCUAUUCAUUUUAUAAUGCUUCACAUUAAAGUCACCUCUUCUGUGAAGACUACCCAGAUUUCUUCUCAGAACCCUGGAACAUGGACCAACUCAAACAUUUAUCACAGUGGCUUUUUAGUUCCAUGUUGAUAUACCUGCCCGUCACUUCCUAUCUGAAGUCCUCAAUGGUGGGGACCAAGUAUCUCUUAAACAGACCGUAAUAAAUGCUGAAUUGGUCAAUUGAUGUGUUUCAACUCAGUUCCCCUAAGACCUGUGUUGUUCAGUAGAAAAAUAAUGUGAACCACAAAUGCAAGUCAUAUAUGUAAUUUAAAUUUUUCUAGUGGCCCUAUUAAAAAAAAGAAACAGGUAAAAUACAUUUUAGUAAUGUAUUUUGUUGAACCUAAUAUGUCUGAAACAUACUAUGUUUAAUAAGCAUGUAUAAUAAACAUUGUUAUUGCAACACAUAA